ACGGUAUAUUUUAGCGAUAAAUCCGUGGUCACACUGCCGCCAAUUCAAUUGCAGUUUUUUCGCAACAAAUUUUAAAUUUAAUUAAUUAACUAGAACGCUAAUAAACAGUGAUAGCCAAGCUUCCCUGCAUUGUUUUCCACCGCUCGCUUGCUCGCAGCCAAAUUUCACCAAAGCUUCGAACACGGGCAUCAUGACCGAAAAGUACGACGGUAAUGGCGACUUCUCCCCGUACAAUGAUGACGACAACGAGUACAGUGGCAAGCCGCGCAAAAGUACUGGUGGCGGUGGGCCCGGUGCCCACAACGGUGACAGUUCCGCCCACGACCAUCAUGGAGGCGAUGGCAAUGGAAGUGUUCAGAUAAACGAGAAGGCCAAUGAGUACAUACGCGACUGCAUGGCCGAAAGGAAUCGCAUGGACCGAAAGUUUCCCAUUGGCGAGAAGCUUUUGGAUGGCGAGAUUGAAAAAGUCCAGACAACCGGGCGCAUACCGUCGCGGGAGCAGAAGUACGCGGACAUCUACCGGGAGAAGCCCCUUCGCAUAUCACAGCGCGUCCUAGUGCCAAUCAGAGAGCAUCCAAAGUUCAAUUUUGUUGGCAAGCUUCUGGGACCCAAGGGCAACUCGCUGCGCCGCCUGCAGGAGGAGACGCUCUGCAAGAUGACAGUGCUGGGCCGUAAUUCCAUGCGGGAUCGCGUCAAGGAGGAGGAACUGCGCAACUCUAAGGACCCCAAAUAUGCGCACCUCAACAGUGACCUGCACGUGGAGAUAUCAACGAUAGCCCCGCCAGCAGAGGCAUAUGCACGGAUCGCCUAUGCCAUGGCCGAGCUGAGGAAGUAUCUGAUACCCGACAGCAACGACAUCAUACGCCAGGAGCAGCUGCGGGAGCUAAUGGACAGCACCAGCCUCAAUGACAAUGACAACACCAAGAGCGGCUACAAAAAGGGUCCCCACAUGCCCAGUGGCAACAAUCUGAUGAGCGGAGGUUCCGGAGGUCCCACUAACAACCCUGGCGGUCCCAAAAACACACCGCACCAUAAUUACAGGGGCUCACAGCAGUCGUCGUUCAGCAAAAAUGUGCUCGCCCCCAAGCAAAAGGUGAUGUCCAUACUGGAAAAGGCCAGAACGGCCAUGGAUGAGACAUAUGGAAGAGGCUAUGACGAUGGCAUUGGCUAUGAUCCACAUCAGUCGUACGACAACUACUCAUAUGGCUCACACGGCCACGGGCCGCCCACUAGUAUACUGGGCGGCGUGGGCAGCAUCAAUAGCGGCGGCGGGCGUGGUGGUGGUCACUACGAUAACACAGAUUAUGAGCCGGAGUACGGUCGGCGGGACUACUAUCAGCAUUCUCCAAGCUAUACAGCAGGCGGGGGAGGUGGCGGAGGAGGAGGUGGAGGUCAUGGCUCUGGGGGCGGUGGCUCACAAUCGAAUGCAAUUGGCAGCACUGGCCUCAGUUCCAACCACAAUCGCAGCCAUGUUAACAGGUGAAACUUACUGGGCCAUAGCAGUGCCGGCGGAGGUCGAGUGAGCGGCGCAACAAGUGCCACCAAUCCAGCAUCAGCAAACCACAAUCUGACGAUGAAAGCCCCAACCCCAAGCAGCCAUAACCACAGCAAGAACUUUACGCCAGGCCACGGAACUGAGGGCCAAAAUGCGAAAAACAGCACACCCAACUACUUUUACCACGCCAGUGGCAGCUCCAAGCCAAAUCAGCAGCAACUUCAUCAGUCGCAACCAAAAUUCCCACCGCAGCUUUCAGCCCACAACAACAUGAACAACCACAACCCAAAUAAAAACAGCACUAUUUGUAAUAAAACCACGAACAGCAACAGCAACAGCAUCAGCAGCAAUAACAACAAUAAUAAUACCAGCAACAACUUUCACCAGAGCAAUAGUAACAACGAUGUUUCGUUCUCCAUAUCCGCCUAUAUUCGUACACUCAACCAAAUGGAUUCCAUGCCUGGCCAAAAGAGUGCCAAUACCACCACAACCCAUGCCAAUGCCAAUGCCAAUGCCUAUACGAGAGCAAUGCCAAACGUUGGCAACAGCAGCAAAACUCACACAUUAGACAGCAAAAAUAACAACAGAAACACCGCUACAAGCGCUACAGUGCCAGAUAUGCUAUUAGUAAGACCUGCUUAUCCUUCUUCGCUACAUAUUGGUACAUUUCCGUUCUUGCCAGUGCAGUUUUUCUGAUUUCAACAAUACAACAACUACAUCAACAACAACAUCAACAUCAACAACUACAUCACAAAUACUUUGUACACUUAAAUGCAUAAGAUGAUAUAGGGAUGACGAGGGAGAAAUAUUUACAAAAUGGAAACAUACAAAACA